UAGGACAACCACAAAACAAGAUGGCGGCCGUUGCAGAGCUUAGCUUGACUCCUUCCUCGCUUGCCGAGGCCUCCUUAUCGAGAGCACGUCAGAAAAGAAGGAAAACGACAAACAAAGAAAAAAAGGAAGAACCAGUUUCUCCUACUGAUAGUAGGGUCCCGCAACCUCUCCCCCUUUUAGUACAAAGAGAGAUCCCAGUAACAAGAGAAGAACCAGUUACAGAAACCUCUUUUACUCGUGACACUCAAAAUGGCCGCCAAGAUGAGGAGUCUACUCCUCCUCCCUCUCCCUCUCCUCCAACACAUUCUGAUAGAAAAGAGGCUGGGGGUGUGGCUUUAUCGGGAGACGUGGAUCAUCAUGGGGACCACGAAAGGGAAGAAGGAAUAGUGAGGCCUCAAGUUGAAGAACAGCAAGAUGAAGGUAUGUGUACAUGUGCACUAGUUUAG